CCCCCUUGCCUGUUGUUUCGCACGACACGAUGACUUCGAGGACAGGGACGCCAGGCAAUGUCGCGUCCAACACGCUACUUCUCCGCCGCCAGCUGACGGAGCUCACCAAGCAUCCGGUCGAAGGCUUCUCAGCAGGUCUUGUGGACGAUAACAACCUGUAUGAGUGGGAGGUCAUGAUCAUCGGUCCCCCUGAUACGAUGUAUGAGGGCGGUUUCUUCAAGGCGCGCCUGUCCUUCCCGGAGGAUUUCCCUCUAAACCCUCCGAAGAUGCGGUUCAUCACACCGAUGUGGCAUCCGAACAUCUACCCCGAUGGCGUGGUGUGCAUUUCUAUCCUCCACCCUCCAGGUGAAGACCAGUACGGAUACGAGGACUCGGGCGAACGGUGGCUGCCCGUACACACAAUCGAAUCGAUCCUUUUGAGUGUCAUAUCUCUACUGUCGUCUGACACGCCGAACCUGGACAGUCCUGCCAAUGUCGACGCUGCCAAAGAAGUGCGAAAUGAUAUCGACGGAUACAGGAAGAAGGUCCGACGCUUAGUGAGGCGCAGUGCCGAAGAGGCCUAUGACUAGCCCCUCGGGAUUCACCUCCGCGACUUCCAUUCCACUCCCAAUCCCCGCCCGCUCGUCCGCGAACAUUCUGUGUUGUUAGCCGCUGCUCCGCCACGCAUUCACGUCUUCUGGGUUCACCGCUGUAUAGUGCUUUGUGGUCCGUCCGCACCCCGCGUUUCCAGCAUUCUCAACACGCUCUAUACACCUUUCCAUCCACUCCCCCCGCUUCCUCUCGCUACGGGUGGCUGGCGCUUGCACUCGCGUGUCGGCCGCCCCCAGACUGUUUCCAUAAUGACGCGCCC